AUGUCACAGCUACAAGACCUAUUCAAUCGAGCUAUAGAGCCACUCCCGGGACUUGCGGACAAGAGUUUCGCAUCUUACUUCGACAGAUUUGCCGACAAACAAGUUGUACUUCUCGGCGAUGGCAGCCAUGGCACAUCUGAGUUCUACACCGCACGGGCCGAGAUCACGAAAAGAUUCAUAAAGGAACAUGGCUUCACCAUGGUCGCUGUCGAAGCAGAUUGGCCCGAUGCCGAGGCAAUCGACAGAUACGUGCGCAUGCGAACAGGUCCACAAGCGCAGAUCGGCGGCACAGCGCGCGGCUUCGAGCCAUUCAAGCGAUUCCCAACUUGGAUGUGGCGCAACCGCGAGAUGCAAGAUCUCGUAGAGUGGAUGCGCAAUUGGAACAAAGAUCUACCCCCAAACAGGCGAGUUGGCUUCUACGGUCUGGAUCUAUAUAGCAUGGGAGCCUCUAUUCGAGCUGUGAUCGACUACCUCGACAGCGUGGACCCGGUAGCGGGCAAAGAAGCACGUAAAAGAUAUGGAUGUCUUGCGCCGUGGACAGAGGAGCCAAUCGAGUAUGGACUGGCUGCCCUUCAUGGAAUAAAAGACUGCGAGAAGCAAGUGCUGCACAUCUUGCAAGACCUGUUGGAGAAACGACUAGAAUAUGUCACAGAGGAUUACCAAGACCGCGAUGAAUAUCACAGUGGCAAACAGAAUGCCUAUCUCGUGCGUGAUGCGGAGAAAUACUACAAGGCCAUGUAUUGGAGUGAGGCUAGUUCAUGGACACUGAGAGAUACGCACAUGUUCAGCACUCUACAACGUAUCCUGCAGCACCGUCCACCACCAGAGAACAAAGCGGUCGUGUGGGCUCAUAACUCGCACGUUGGGGAUGCUCGCUACACAAGCAUGGGAAUACGUCGCGACGAGCUCAAUAUUGGCCAAUUGUGCAGAGAGCGAUUGGGUCGAGAGAACGUUGCGAUUAUUGGUUGUGGUACCCACACGGGCACCGUUGCUGCAGCUCAUGAAUGGGACGAGGAUAUGCAGAUCAUGGACGUUCGUCCCUCCAGAGAAGAUAGUUGGGAGAUAAUCGCACACGAUACUGGCGUGCCGAGCUUUCUUCUCGAUCUUCGACGGGGCUACCUUGACUCCACCCUCCGUGCUGGUCUUGCUAAAGAAAUCCGUCUGCAGCGGUUUAUUGGUGUGAUUUACAGACCUGAUACCGAAAGGGCAUCUCAUUACUCUCAAGCAAUUCUCCAUAAGCAGUUUGACGGAUAUGUCUGGUUCGAUCGGACAGAGGCUGUCAAGCCGUUGGAGGUUAUUCAACCCAAAACAGCUCUUGGAAAAGAAGAAACCUAUCCCUUUGGACUUUAA